AUGACCGGCGGCGCAGGGAAGAAGAGGGGGUUCAGUAAGCUGCUGGUGCUCUUGCUGUUCUUUGUGGGCGCCAUCGUCAUCGUGGCGCUGCUUGUCCGCGGCAACGGCUGCUGCGUCGUCGUCCAAGUGGCAGUACUGCCACGGAUAGUUCCAGUUCCCUCUUGGGACGCCCGUCCUACCACUACAACUCCAAUUGGCGAAAUCAUCAUCCCUGCAAUAACGUCUACGAGGGGAGCAUCGUCGUCAGCUCAUGAUCGUCAGGAGAACUCAGAGCCAGUAGCAGCCUCAGAGGAAGAGGAGCCCCCUGCAGCUGCCCCGUACGCGGCAGACAGCAGGUGGGACAUCCAGUGGGAGAGCAUCGCCAGUGUCCUUUCAACGUUCAGCAGUAAUGGCACUGGCAUCGGCAUAGUGGGUCUGCUCAACUUCAACUCGUCGGAGGUUGCGCUAUGGACGAGCACGUUGCCUGCCGCCGACGUUCGGGCGGUGCGCCUGGCGCCGGCCGCCGACGCGGUCACCUGGGAAGCCCUCUAUCCGAACUGGAUCAACGAGGAGAGCAACAGAAGCAGCUGCCCCUCCCUCCCCGACCCCGAUGCCUCCCACCAUCACAAUUACGACCUCGUCGCCGUCAAGCUUCCCUGCCGCCGCCAAAGCUGGUCCAGGGACGUGCGCAGGCUCCACCUUCAGCUCUCCGCCGCCAAGCUCACUCUCCACGGCACCAGCAGUAGGUCUGGCAUGGUGUUGAUCCUGAGCGAGUCGAGGUGCCUCCCCCUGCCCAACCUCUUCCCCUGCAAGCACCUCCUCGCGCGCCGCGGCCACGCCUGGCUCUACCGCCCCGACGCCACCUACCUCCGCCGCCGCCUCAACCUGCCCGUCGGGGCCUGCCAGCUGGCCGUUCCUUUUCUCCGGCCUUCGCCUAAACCACCAAGUGCAACUGCAACGCCAGGAACAAGCAGGAUCGGCAGGCAGGCCUACGCCACCGUGCUGCACUCCGCCGACGCCUACGUCUGCGGCGCCAUCGCACUGGCGCAGAGCAUCCGGCAGUCAGGGUCCACGCGCGACCUGGUGGCCCUGGUGGACGCGCGCAAUGUGGGCGCCGAGCACCGCGCCGCCCUCGCCGCGGCAGGCUGGCACGUCCGCCCGGCGCCGCGCAUCCGCAACCCGCACGCGGAGCUCCACGCCUACAACGAGUGGAACUACAGCAAGUUCCGGCUGUGGCAGCUGACCGACUACGAGAAGGUGGUGUUCCUGGAUGCCGACCUGCUGGUGCUGCGCAACUUGGACUUCCUGUUCGAGGAGGCGCCCGAGCUGAGCGCGACGGUCAACAGCGGCGCGCGCUUCAACUCGGGGUUGAUGGUGCUGGAGCCGUGCAACUGCACCUUCGACCUGCUCAUGUCGGGCAUCCACGACAUCGAAUCCUACAACGGCGGCGACCAGGGCUACCUGAACGAGGUUUUCACUUGGUGGCACCGCCUGCCGCGCCACGUCAACUUCCUCAAGUACGUCUGGGCCGAAGGGGACCGCGCGGCACAGGCGCGGAUGAUUGCCGCGGAGCCAGCGGAGGUGCACGCCGUGCACUACCUGGGCAUGAAGCCGUGGCUGUGCUAUCGUGACUACGACUGCAACUGGAACGUGGCGGAGCUUCGGCGGUUCGCGAGCGACGAGGCGCACGCGCGGUGGUGGGCGGUGCACGACCGGAUAGAGCCCGCGGAACUGAGGGACAGGUUUUGCGCGCUGCCGGCGAGCCACAUGGCGGUGCUGGAGCAGCAAAGGAGGCAGGCGGCGACUGUCAACGCGCCAGACGGUCACUGGAACCGCACCAUCACCGACCCGCGCCGCCGCAUCAAAUCAGAAGCACGUAAGAAAAGUUUAAUAAUAUAG